CAAUAUUAUUAAAACACAUUUUUGUGCGGCUAUUUUUUUUCUUGGAAUAAGAAACUUUUCGAAAAUGAAAAUAGCAGUAACGCUGAAUAUUCAAGUGUACUUUUAUAUAUUAUUCGCUAUUUUGCAAUCUGAAGGAACACAUAAUAAAAAAAAAAACGCUGAUAUAAUAUAUAAUUUACUACAAAAACUCGGAUGGAAGAAUAUUAAUGAUGUCGAAUAUAUUAAAUAUAGGAACGAAAACAUUUAUCCGGACAAAAUAUUUAAUACACGUGUAACAUUAUACAAUUGCGAUAAAUUCAUACGGCAGGCAACAAUAUUCCUUGGAUGUUCAUACAUUCAUGAUUUAGAUGUGAUGUUCUUUAUACUUUUUAAGUUUCGUGAACAUUGUUUUGAGCUACUAAAAUCUGAUAUCAUUCGUGCACACAAGUGUACAGUCGCACUUUUAGCAAAAAUGAUUGAAAUUGUUCCAAUGGCAAAAAUUAUGGAAGGAGCUUUAAAUGCCAUAGAACAAUAUCAUAACAAGCCAAUGAAACCACAAAAUAGGAUUCAUUUUAUUUUAAGCAACGUUUUAACACAUUUAAAGAAAAAUGAAAAUUUAAAAAAAUUGAUUCCUUUGAAUAUUGAUAAGGCUUCAAUUAAUGCAGCAUUAUUUAGAAUUGAGGACAUGCUAUCCAAAAGUAUUUUAGAACUUGAGGAAGAUGUGAGAUAUUGUAAACUAAUAACUUUAGAUUUGUGUUCAUUGUGGAAAUUAUGGAAUACAGAAUUCAACACAUUAGAAUUUCAAAGAAAAUAUCAAGAACUAUUCAUUUUUUUUAAUGACCAAAUUAAUGAUUUAAUCGUAACGACAAUUUGUAACAAGUAUAUAGAACUUGGAUUUAAAUUCGAUUUGAAUACAAGUCAAACAUUUUUACCUACUCCACAACCCAAUGACAAUCAAAAUAUCACACAAAAUUCAAUAAAUUUUAUAGAGCAUAACAAUAACGUAAAUGCAAUGAAAAAUAUUCUACAAAAAUAUAUCGCACAGCACUCUUUAAUAAAUUUGAUGCAACCUAACAAUGAAGUAGAUAAACAUGAAGAGAUUAAAAAAGAAGAAGAAUUCAGUGAUCAAUGAUAAACAAACAGGCGCGUAUACAAUGAAGACUAUGGAAGCAAUGACUCACCUAAAAUAAAAAUUAUUUUUAAAAAAGUUCUUUUUAUGAAAAAUAUGUUAUUACACAAUAACCUCUCAUUACGGUUGUUAUCAGUUAAGCAAUAAACUAUAUUAUAUGUCUAAACUUUCAUAUAAAUGAUAAAACUCACAUAAACAGUAGUAUUGGUUGUCCCAUAUAUCAAUAAUGUAAGACAAUAAUAAAUCAUUGUCCAGAAUUGAGUAUUAAUUUUAGAAGAUAACAUAUAAUAAAUAAUACAAUUUAAUUUAAUAAAGAGAUAAUAAUAAAGUUUCUGAUA